AUGGCAGAUGUAAACCCCAAGAGGGCAUCUCAGUUCUUGCAAAAAUGUAUUAAGCCAGAGGACAACGGAGGGGACGCACAGCCCAAAGAGGAGGUUCUAGAAGAGCCGUCUCUGCCUGUUAUCACUCAAUCCUACCCUCAGACAGUGCAAGAGGAAAUAUCGAUGGUGUUCAACACCUACAACAUGGCAGCCAACCUCGGUCCAGCCUCCAGGAGGAAGAGGGAGAAAGGUGCGAAUCACGAUGGCACAAGCACCUCCCUCUAUGUUGACCGCCGCAAGUCCAAGGUGUGGAACUAUUACACCAAGCUGGGAGAUGCCUAUGUCGAGUGCAACGUGUGCAAGAAGCAGCUCUCCUUUCACAACAGCACCACCACCAUGCGGGAGCACCUGGUGAGGAAGCACAGCAUUCGCGACACUUUGCUCUCGCAGCUGAAGGAUGACCAGGCUUCCGAGUCUGACUGCAUGGCUCAGGAGAACAUGAUAAAGAGGUCCCGGCAGAUGACACCGGAAAACUACCUGUACCAUGCCGCGUCCUGCUCGGAACCAAGGACUGAUGUGAUUCUGGAACUGGUGCUUGAGAUGAUAUUUCGUGACCUCCAUCCUCUUUCCGUGGUGAAAGACAAGGGUUUUGGCCUCCUCAUUGGGUAUCUAGAGCCCAAUUUUACCCUCCCAUCUCCUAUUCAGCUCUCCAGCAUGCUGUGGCAUAGAUACAAUGUGGUGAAGCAGCACCUGGAGCGCUAUUUGCAAACAGCCCAGUCCAUAGUCAUCUGCGUGGAGUUCUGGGUGUCCCAGCCCAACCAGACAUACUUGACAAUCACGGCCAACUUCAUCGACGGGGAGUGGCGCCGGGCAAGAUGUAUCCUGGAAACCCAGCCAGUGCAUGAGACUAAAGGGGAGGGCGAUUUAGGGGAGAAGCUCUUCAGCAUCCUGACAGAGUUUGGGUUGUCGAACAAGUCCAUUUUCUGCGUGAUGCACGACAGCCUGCAGAACACAGUGAUGAAUUCGCAGCCGCUCAAGAGGGCUUAUGGCUGGACCAGCCUGUGCUGUGCUGCCCACACUCUGCACCUGUGUAUCAAGGCAGGGCUGGAGGUCGAGCAGGUGCAAGAGGCUCUGACUGCUGCCCGGGGCAUCGUGAGCUACUUCCAACAGGAUGCGAAAGCCACCUGCUCACUGAACAGCAAGCUGGAAGCGAUCAACAAGACCAAGUUGAAGCUGGUGAUGGAUGUGGGUUCUCGCUGGAUAACUACCAUUGAGAUGUGCGAGAGCCUCCUGGACCUCAAAUGGGCGAUCAUGUCCCUGCUGGAGGAACAUCCCAAAGGGACGUUGGCUGUGCAGAACUUAGCUGACCACCAGUGGAAGCUCUUGCAGGACCUGGUGCCGGUCAUGAGGACAAUUAAGAUCGCCACAUCAUUCUUGCGUGAGGAGCAGAACAUCUCCAUCUCUUCUCUGAUGCCUUGCAUCCACGGUAUCGUCGCUGCCAUUGGGCAGCAGUUAGAAGAGUCCAGCGAUGUCAUCAAGAUGGUGGUAGGCAAUAUAAGGUCAGAGCUGAUGCAGCGCUGGAGUAUAUCAGAGGAUGAGAAGGUGCUGGAAAGCCCUGCGAUUAUUGCCUCCUUUCUAGACCCUCGUUUCAAGGAGAUGAGGUUCCUGAGUCCCAACCUGAGGAGUGAGCUGCAUAAGAGAGUCAAAAAUAUGCUGUCGGAGGUCUUCAACCACCAGUCCCUGCCUUCUACCCAGUUCUGGGUGCCGAACUCAGAUUACAAAGCAGAGGUAGGAGAAGCAGGGGGCCAGCUGUCUGCUCAUAAAGACAGAGGCCCAAAUGGCCAGUCCCAGAGCAUGUAUGACAUCCUUUUGGGAAAAGAUCCAACGGAGAGCAUGCCUGAAAUCCAUCAGCAACUGGAGAACUACAUCGUGGAACCUCUCUGCAAACGCAGCACCAACCCACUGGACUGGUGGAAAACCAAUGAGCACCGCUUCCCCGCUGUGGCGAGAUUAGGCAGGCAGUACCUUGCCAUACCAGCCACUGUUGUCCUGCCAGACCAGGCCUUUGCUGCCAACGAGAGCACCCUGGAGCAUCGGAGAGCAGUCCUCACUCCUGAAAAUCUGGACCAAAUUCUGUUCUUGCACCAAAAUUUUGAUUUUUUAGAAUCAAUGAGAAACAGUAAUGAGAUGCGGGGCAGAAAUCUGCAUGCCCAGUAUUAA